GCUCAAAAGGAGGCAAUGGAAGAUGGGUCAACAUACCCGCAAUCGACCAACUCAGCACGAGGAAGAAGACGGCCAGCAGCAGCAAAACGUUACUGACUGAACUCUCCCAGAGCCUCCACAUGAGAUAUUUACAGAAGAUCAAACUUGUGAGCAAUCAACAGAGCAGAAGAAGCAAUCAAGCUCGUAGUCGUAGUAGUGGUGCUUCCCGCAAGAUCCCUGAGCUCCCCCGCCCCCUCCGUCGCCGCCUUGGCUCUCCUCCCAGCUUCGAUCGAAGUCUUCCCAAUCUCACGGCGAAGAAGAAGAAGAAGAAGAAGGUUUCAGAGUCCCCCGCGGCCGCGCUCAUUGGGUUCCGGAGACUAGUUUGAGCAUUUCCAAGUUAAAUCAGGCAGGUGAGUUCAUAAAUUUUGAAUCUUCUUUUGUUUGCGUUUUUUUGGGUUUGUUUCGAAGUUUCAGCAUUGGAUUCCAACUGGGUUUUUGCUAAUUAGAUCUGGGUUUUUGUUUGUUUGCCUUUUUUUUUUUUAUUCUUCUUAUCAGGGAUGAUGUCGACGACAGCGGUGGUUCUGAUGAUUGGUCUUAUGGGGAUGGUUUAUCAGGCCACUCAGCUUACUCCACCGCCGCAAAUUGAUCGGAAGGCAGAAGAACACGCUGACGAUUGCACGAGAAUCAGGCUUAGCGAUGGGAGGUACCUUGCUUUUAGGGAGAAAGGAGUUCCAAGAAACAACGCCAAAUACAAAAUUAUUCUUGUUCAUGGCUUUGGAAGCUCUAAAGAGAUGAACUUUCUGGCACCUCAAGAAUUGAUAGAUGAGUUGGGGAUCUGUUUCUUGCAAUAUGACCGAGCCGGCUAUGGAGAGAGUGAUCCUAACCCAAAGAGAUCAGUAAAGAGUGAAGCUUUGGACAUCGAAGAACUUGCAGACCAACUUGAGCUGGGAUCCAAGUUUUAUGUUAUUGGGGUCUCGAUGGGAUCGUAUCCAGUUUGGAGUUGCCUGAAAUACAUCCCUAACAGGCUAGCAGGUGCAGCACUCAUCGUCCCAGUUAUCAAUUACAAAUGGCGUUCCCUUCCUCAAAGUCUCAUAAGAGACGACUACCGUAGAAGGCUUGUACAGUUGACAUACUUAUUUUCAAGCUAUGCGCCUGGAUUGCUGCACUGGUGGGUUUCUCAGCAAUGGCUCCCUUCGAAUUCUGUCCUAGAGAGGAACCCGGUAUUCUUCAACCCUCAUGACAUUGAGAUCUUGAAGAAGAUACCAGGGUUCCCAAUGCUAAGCAAGGCUAAAUUGGCGGAGCGAGAAGUUUUCGACACUCUGCGCCAUGAUUUCCUGGUGGGUUUUGGAGACUGGGAAUUCGAUCCAACAGAGUUAGAGAACCCAUUUCCUUCAAACACAAGCAACAUUCAUAUCUGGCAAGGUUAUGAAGACAGGGUUGUCCCAUUUCAACUCCAGAGGUUCAUAUCGGGGAAGCUACCUUGGAUUCGAUACCACGAGGUUCCUGAAGGUGGCCAUCUAAUUGUGCACUACAAUGGGUUAGGAGAGGCUGUAUUGAAGUCACUUUUGACUGGGGAAGAACCUCUUACUCUAGACCAUGUAAAACCAUAGCUGAACCAGCCUUAAGGAGGAAUUUGUCAAAUUGAUAUCACUGCAUCAUAUGAUUUGUGUUGCUGGUAUAAUUAGAUUUGAGCUUCUUUAGGGGAUUGUAUAAAACAUUUGUCAUUUGAAAGGUGGAAAUGAAUAUAAAUUCUUUCAUUUACAUCUCAUAAAUGUUAAAAGGAAAAAAAACCUCUCUGGUAUACUGCAUAUGCCUGGUCUCCCAAAAUGGGGAAGUGGGGGCAUGAGAUGGAAAAACCAGAGUCAGAACGAACAUGACAACAUGUGCAUAUCUGCCACACUUCUGCAGAUGCCUCUCAAAGACGUACAAACCAGGCUAGAAAUGUUUUGGUAAGUGCCUCAAUUGAUUGAACAAGUAAUACUCAGCUCACUCUCAAAUGUUUUGGUAAGUGCCUCAAUUGAAUAUGUGCCGAGGGAUGGUGCACGCAUGCACACCUACCGUGAUCUGAACAAUGAUGUAAAGAAAAAGCUCCAAACUUGACCCCUGAAUUUCAGCAGAACAAGACAAGAACCCUAAAAAAUGUAAAAGAAGAAAGAAGAAAGAAACAGAGGACUUUCUGGUAGCACAAAGGAACAAAAACACUAAAGAUCAUGGAAAUGG